ACGACACUCACCCUCAAUUCUUCCCACACACGCCCUGCGCAGGAUAUCCACUUCUUUGCGCUCUCAUACACACCAUUAAAAUGGCUCCCACAACCAAGAAAUCCGCCAAGGGCCAGAAAGUCACCAAGAAGUUCAUCAUCAACUGCUCGCAGCCCGUCAACGACAAGAUCUUCGACAUCCAGGCCUUCGAGAAGUUCCUCCACGACCGCAUCAAGGUUGAGGGACGUACCGGCAACCUCGGCGAGACCAUUCAGAUCUCGCAGCAGGGUGAUGGCAAGAUCGAGGUCAUUGCGCACCAGGAGUUCUCUGGUCGCUACUUGAAGUACCUCACCAAGAAGUUCCUCAAGAAGCAGCAGCUCCGUGACUGGCUCCGCGUCGUCUCGACCUCCAAGGGCGUCUACGAGCUCCGCUUCUUCAACGUUGUCAACGACGAGGCCGACGAGGAUGACGAGUAGAUGUACCCUUAUGACGCCGACAUGACUUGCAUGGAAAAGGUUGGAGAAUGGGAUACGGGCGGUGUUUAAUAUGGCAUAUAGCACAAUCUGAAUGAAUUGAUGCAUUGCCUUAUACAUAUCGUAUCGAAACUGCAACUUGGUGAGACACCGCGUAGGAUUUGCCAUGUGGUGAAUUUUCUACAAGUAUGAUUUGCAGGCUGAAUCGUUCAUGAUCUACCAAAGUGCAAGACGUGCGAGGCCCAUGACGAUGUACUUGCGUAGAAGUACUGUAGCUGAUUAAUGAUAAGGGGAACUGGAGAAUUCCCGGGUGGGGUGCCGUGAGUUAGAAGA